GCCUUUCUUAUUCAGUCUCCUACCCUGUAGGAGUAGUGGGCGGAAGGCUGGAUCAGGAGAAGCAGAGACAGCGACUCCUAGAGAAAUGGAAAAUUGAGAAAAGCAUGUGGGACAAGUGAUGGCAGUGAAGAGGAUUGUGAGGAACUUGGAAGAGACAGCUUCAUGGAAGAGAAUGAGCCUUGUAGGGAGCCAGUGGGGAAAGGAGAGAAAUUCAGAAAAAAGCAGGAUCUCCGGAGAGUUAACGCUUGGGAUAAAGAUUUGUUCAAUCAAUGGCGACCUUGUAAACAAUUCUGGAGAUUUGUCUCACUUGGGAUAACUUGGAUGAAUGUAGAGAAUAUUAUGAACUGUGAAGGCUCAUGGACGAAGAAGCCCAGAAGAGGAAAGAACAGGAGUCAGGCAUGGCUGUUUCUCAGGCACAGUUGACCUUCAAGGAUGUGUUCAUAGAUUUCACUCCCAAGGAGUGGGAAUGCCUGGACCCUGCCCAGAGGACCUUGUACAAGGACGUGAUGGUGGAGACCCUCAGGAAUCUAAUUCAUACUGGAGAGAAACCAUAUAAAUGUGAUGUAUGUGGCAAAGGCUUUAGUGAAACUUCAAGCCUUGCAGUUCAUCGGAGAGUUCAUACUGGAGAGAAGCCAUAUAAAUGUCGUGUCUGUGGCAAGUCCUUUAGUUCAAAUUCAACCCUUGCAGUUCAUCAGAGAAUUCAUACUGGAGAGAAACCACAUAAAUGUGAUGUAUGUGGCAAAGGCUUUAGUAUAACUUCAAGCCUUGCAGUUCAUCGGAGAAUUCAUACUGGAGAGAAGCCAUAUAAAUGUGAUGUGUGUGGCAAGGCGUUUACUCAUACUGGACAUCUUGCUGAUCAUCAGAGAGUUCAUACUGGAGAGAAACCAUAUAAAUGCGAUGUAUGUGGCAAAGGCUUUAGUAUAAGUUCAAGCCUUGCAGUUCAUCAGAGAGUUCAUACUGGAGAGAAGCCAUAUAAAUGUCAUGUAUGUGGCAAGUCCUUUAGUUCAAAUUCAAGCCUUGCAGUUCAUUGGAGAAUUCAUACUGGAGAGAAACCAUAUAAAUGUGAUAUAUGUGGCAGAGCCUUUAGUCAAGCUGCAAAUCUUGCAGUUCAUCAGAGAAUUCAUACUGGAGAGAAACCAUAUAAAUGUGAUGUAUGUGGCAAGGCUUUUAAUCAGUCUUCACAUCUUGCAGUUCAUCGGAGAGUUCAUACUGGAGAGAAACCAUAUAAAUGUGAUGCAUGUGGCAAAGGCUUUAGUGAAACUUCAAGGCUUGCAAUUCAUCGGAGGAUUCAUACUGGAGAGACACCAUAUAAAUGUGAUGUGUGUGGCAAGGUGUUUGCUCAUACUGGACAUCUUGCUGUUCAUCAGAGAGUUCAUACUGGAGACAAACCUUAUAAAUGUGAUGUAUGUGGCAAAGGCUUUAGUGAAACUUCAAGCCUUGCAGUUCAUCGGAGAGUUCAUACUGGAGAGAAGCCAUAUAAAUGUGAUGUAUGUGGCAAGGCCUUUAAUCGAUCUACACAUCUUGCAGUUCAUCAGAGAAUUCAUACUGGAGAGAAACCAUAUAAAUGUGAUGUAUGUGGCAAAGGCUUUAUUGAAACUUCAAGCCUUGUAGUUCAUCAGAGAGUUCAUACUGGAGAAAAGCCAUAUAAAUGUGAUGUAUGUGGCAAGUCCUUUAGGUCAAAUUCAACCCUUGCAGUUCAUCGGAGAAUUCAUACUGGAGAGAAACCACAUAAAUGUGAUGUAUGUGGCAAAGGCUUUAGUAUAACUUCAAGCCUUGCAGUUCAUCGGAGAACUCAUACUGGAGAGAAGCCAUAUAAAUGUGAUGUGUGUGGCAAGGCGUUUACUCGUACUGGACAUCUUGCUGAUCAUCAGAGAGUUCAUACUGGAGAGAAACCAUAUAAAUGCGAUGUAUGUGGCAAAGGCUUUAGUAUAAGUUCAAGCCUUGCAGUUCAUCGGAGAAUUCAUACUGGAGAGAAGCCAUAUAAAUGUGAUGUGUGUGGCAAGGCGUUUACUCGUACUGGACAUCUUGCUGUUCAUCAGAGAGUUCAUACUGGAGAGAAACCAUAUAAAUGUGGUGUGUGUGAUCACUGCUUUCAACAAAGUACACACCUUGAAAAUCAUCAGAGAAUUCAUACCGGAGUGAAACCAUAUAAGUGUGAUGUUUCUGGAAAGGACUUUAGUCAAACUGCAAGCCUUGCAGUUCCUCAGAGAAUUCCUUCUGGAGAGAAGCCAUACAAAUGCAAUGUAUGUGACAAGGCGUUUCGUCAUACUGGAAGCCUUACUGUUCAUCAGAGACUUCAUACUGGAGUGAAACCAUAUAAAUGUGAUGUGUGUGGCAGGACUUUUAGAGUAAAUUCACACCUUGCUGUUCAUUUGAGAGUACAUACUGGAGAGAAACAAUAUAAAUGUGAUGUAUGUGGCAAGGUCUUUAAUGAAGCUGCAAAGCUUGCAGUUCAUCAGAGAUUCCAUAUGGGAGAGAAACCAUAUAAAUGUGAUAUAUGUGGCAGAGCCUUUAGUCAAGCUGCAAAUCUUGCAGUUCAUCGGAGAAUUCAUACUGGAGAGACACCAUAUAAAUGUGAUGUGUGUGGCAAGGUGUUUACUCGUACUGGACAUCUUGCUGUUCAUCAGAGAGUUCAUACUGGAGAGAAGCCAUAUAAAUGUCAUGUAUGUGGCAAAGGCUUUAUUGAAACUUCAAGCCUUGUAGUUCAUCGGAGAGUUCAUACUGGAGAGAAGCCAUAUAAAUGUGAUGUAUGUGGCAAAGGCUUUAUUCAAACUUCAAGCCUUGUAGUUCAUCGGAGAGUUCAUACUGGAGAGAAGCCAUAUAAAUGUCGUGUCUGUGGCAAGUCCUUUAGUUCAAAUUCAAGCCUUGCAGUUCAUUGGAGAAUUCAUACUGGAGAGAAACCAUAUAAAUGUGAUAUAUGUGGCAGAGCCUUUAGUCAAGCUGCAAAUCUUGCAGUUCAUCAGAGAAUUCAUACUGGAGAGAAACCAUAUAAAUGUGAUGUAUGUGGCAAGGCUUUUAAUCAGUCUUCACAUCUUGCAGUUCAUCGGAGAGUUCAUACUGGAGAGAAACCAUAUAAAUGUGAUGCAUGUGGCAAAGGCUUUAGUGAAACUUCAAGGCUUGCAAUUCAUCGGAGGAUUCAUACUGGAGAGACACCAUAUAAAUGUGAUGUGUGUGGCAAGGUGUUUGCUCAUACUGGACAUCUUGCUGUUCAUCAGAGAGUUCAUACUGGAGACAAACCUUAUAAAUGUGAUGUAUGUGGCAAAGGCUUUAGUGAAACUUCAAGCCUUGCAGUUCAUCGGAGAGUUCAUACUGGAGAGAAGCCAUAUAAAUGUGAUGUAUGUGGCAAGGCCUUUAAUCGAUCUACACAUCUUGCAGUUCAUCAGAGAAUUCAUACUGGAGAGAAACCAUAUAAAUGUGAUGUAUGUGGCAAAGGCUUUAUUGAAACUUCAAGCCUUGUAGUUCAUCAGAGAGUUCAUACUGGAGAAAAGCCAUAUAAAUGUGAUGUAUGUGGCAAGUCCUUUAGGUCAAAUUCAACCCUUGCAGUUCAUCGGAGAAUUCAUACUGGAGAGAAACCACAUAAAUGUGAUGUAUGUGGCAAAGGCUUUAGUAUAACUUCAAGCCUUGCAGUUCAUCGGAGAACUCAUACUGGAGAGAAGCCAUAUAAAUGUGAUGUGUGUGGCAAGGCGUUUACUCGUACUGGACAUCUUGCUGAUCAUCAGAGAGUUCAUACUGGAGAGAAACCAUAUAAAUGCGAUGUAUGUGGCAAAGGCUUUAGUAUAAGUUCAAGCCUUGCAGUUCAUCAGAGAAUUCAUACUGGAGAGAAGCCAUAUAAAUGUGAUGUGUGUGGCAAGGCGUUUACUCGUACUGGACAUCUUGCUGUUCAUCAGAGAGUUCAUACUGGAGAGAAACCAUAUAAAUGCUAUGUAUGUGGCAAAGGCUUUAGUGAAACUUCAAGGCUUGCAGUUCGUCAGAAAAUUCAUACUGGAGAGAAACCAUGUAAAUGUGUGUGUGAUCACUGCUUUCAACAAAGUACACACCUUGAAAAUCAUCAGAGAAUUCAUACCGGAGUGAAACCAUAUAAGUGUGAUGUUUCUGGAAAGGACUUUAGUCAAACUGCAAGCCUUGCAGUUCCUCAGAGAAUUCCUUCUGGAGAGAAGCCAUACAAAUGCAAUGUAUGUGACAAGGCGUUUCGUCAUACUGGAAGCCUUACUGUUCAUCAGAGACUUCAUACUGGAGUGAAACCAUAUAAAUGUGAUGUGUGUGGCAGGACUUUUAGAGUAAAUUCACACCUUGCUGUUCAUUUGAGAGUACAUACUGGAGAGAAACAAUAUAAAUGUGAUGUAUGUGGCAAGGUCUUUAAUGAAGCUGCAAAGCUUGCAGUUCAUCAGAGAUUCCAUAUGGGAGAGAAACCAUAUAAAUGUGAUAUACGUGGCAGAGCCUUUAGUCAAGCUGCAAAUCUUGCAGUUCAUCGGAGAAUUCAUACUGGAGAGACACCAUAUAAAUGUGAUGUGUGUGGCAAGGUGUUUACUCGUACUGGACAUCUUGCUGUUCAUCAGAGAGUUCAUACUGGAGAGAAGCCAUAUAAAUGUCAUGUAUGUGGCAAAGGCUUUAUUGAAACUUCAAGCCUUGUAGUUCAUCGGAGAGUUCAUACUGGAGAGAAGCCAUAUAAAUGUGAUGUAUGUGGCAAAGGCUUUAUUCAAACUUCAAGCCUUGUAGUUCAUCGGAGAGUUCAUACUGGAGAGAAGCCAUAUAAAUGUCGUGCCUGUGGCAAGUCGUUUAGGUCAAAUUCAACCCUUGCAGUUCAUCGGAGAAUUCAUACUGGAGAGAAGCCAUAUAAAUGUGAUGUGUGUGGCAAGGCGUUUACUCGUACUGGACAUCUUGCUGAUCAUCAGAGAGUUCAUACUGGAGAGAAACCGUAUAAAUGCGAUGUAUGUGGCAAAGGCUUUAGUAUAAGUUCAAACCUUGCAGUUCAUCGGAGAAUUCAUACUGGAGAGAAGCCAUAUAAAUGUGAUGUGUGUGGCAAGGCGUUUACUCGUACUGGACAUCUUGCUGUUCAUCAGAGAGUUCAUACUGGAGAGAAAUCUUAAAAAUGUGAUGUGUGGCGGCAAGUACUUUAAUCAGACUGCAAAACUUGUUCUUCAUUGGAGAAUUCAUACUGGAGAGAAACCAUAUAUAUGUGGUGUAUGUGGCAAGGUGUUUGUUUGUACUGUUAACCUUGGUAUUCAUCAGAGAGUUCAUACGGGAGAGAAACCAGAUAAAUGAGGUAUAUGUGGCAGGGCUUUCAGUGUGAAUGCAAACUUUGCAGUUCAUCAGAGAAUUCUUACUGGAGAGAGCCUUAGAAAUAUAAGAAUUGUGACAAACCAUUUAGGCACAGUCAUCCAUAACAUCAUCAGGCAGUUCAGACAGGAGAGAAACCAUAUAAAUAUGAUGUAUAUGGCCGGUGCUUUACUUGAAAUGACGAACUUAGAAUCCAUCGGAGAAUUCAUACUAAAGAGAAACAUUAGAAAUGUGACAGUUGUGAGAAACAUUUUAUUAAAAAAAUUUUUGUUGU